AUGGGAAUUGUUGAUGGCUCCGAGCCAUGCCCACCAAAGUUCAUUCCCGCACCCUCCGACAAGACACUACCUGAAGUCUUGAAUCCAGAAUACACUCUUUGGGAGAAGAAAGACCAGUGCAUUCUCAGCUGGUUUAUUGCAACUGUGACUGCCCAGAUUAUAGCUGCAAAACAUCAGCACAAGUAUGAUUUAACGAUUGCACAUUGUGAGGAGCUGACGAAUUUCUGGUCAAAUGAUGUGGGAUUACUACAACAUCUCCCAUGUCUUGGCGUUUUGAAGAUUCGUGAUUGUUCCAAACUGGUUUCUUUGGUGGCAAAAGACGUGGAAGUUCCAUCCAAACUGAGAGAAAUCAAGAUUGAAAAUUGCAAGGUCCUGGAAUCUUUACCCAAUGCAAUGAUGUACAACAGCGCGCAUCUUCAGGAGAUUUGUAUUGGUUAUUGUCCUUCAUUGAUGCACUUUGCAAUAGGGCAACUACCUCCAAUUCUUAAGUGGCUAAAGAUAUGGAGUUGCAAGAACAUGCUGAUUUUGGUGGAUGAUAUCAAUAGUUGCGGUAGCAACAUAUCUCUUCUUGAGUACUUGGAUAUUAGUUCUUGUCCAUCCCUCAAAUCCUUAACAUCAAGUGGAGAAUUACCUGCAACACUUAAAGACCUCAAAAUUUGGGAUUGUGAGAAGUUGGAGUCGAUAGCAAAGAGCUUCCAUCACAACUCAUCUCUUGAAUUAAUUGAUAUUUGGAGUUGUGAAAACCUUAAAUCCUUACCCAUGGGCAUGCACAACCUCAACCAUCUAGAUCAAAUUUAUAUUUGGGGAUGUCCAAAUCUUGUUUCCUUCCUGGACGGAGGGUUACUCCCUGCCAACCUGAGAGAACUUACGAUUUUCAAGUGUAAGAAAAUGCAAGCUCUGCCGAAUUGCAUACACAACGUCACCUCUCUUCAGCGAUUGAAAAUACAAGGCUGCCUAGGCAUUGUAGCUUUUCCCACCAACCUAACAUUUCUUUCUAUCCAUGAUAUGGCAUUUAAUGAGCCCUUUUUUGAGCUAGAAUUGCACAAGCUUUCCUCUCUUAAACAACUUGAAAUUGAUGGUGGUUCCUCACAUCUAGUGUCGCUUUCAGGGAUGAUAAUGCCUUCCUCUCUAACUAGCCUCAAAAUUAAACACUUCCCGAUCCUGAAAUACCUGUCUUCCAAAGACUUUCAAUUCCUUACCUCUCUUGAAGAAUUGUGGAUCGAAAGGUGCAUAAAUCUCACAUCUUUUCCAGAGGAUGGCCUCCCUCCCUUGCUCCUGCAACUUUGUAUCUUCUAUUGUCCUCUACUUAAAGAGCUAUGCAAGAAGGAUCAAGGACAAGAAUGGUUCAAAAUAGCCCGCAUCCCUUUCAUUAAGAUUGAUGGGAGGUUUAUCUAUGAACCAGAAGAAGAGAAUCAUUGA